GGAAAGUCAAAUUAGGUCUGAAGUUUACUUGAGGCAGAAGAUUUUAUAUAAUAUCCUGGUCUGGCUCAUCCUCUUCUGCUAAAAUGACUGAUGGGGAACUUUGUCUCUGCCAAAGCUUUGCUCCACUGGAUGGCCAUAGCCAGAACAGCCAUAUCAAUUGCUCAAGGAAAGAUGUUGAGGCUAUGAGUACAGCCAGAAGCCGUCCUUUGUCUGGGAAAUCUUUUUUCUUAGAUCUCCCAAGUGGCAAGAACUUGGCUUUUCUAGCAGAGAAGGUGAAACGACUUGGAGGAGUUAUUGAAAGUUUUCUCAGCAAAGAAGUGACUUGUGUUAUCUCUAGCAGCCGAGAAGCUAGACAAGAAAGAAGGCCAGAGAAGCAAACAGCUACUGUGCUGAAAGAUGCCCUAGCUGGAACUCAGUCUUUUUCAAGGCUCCCAGAGGAUCAGAGAGGCUCCAUGCACAAGCCAGUGGACGUGACCCUGGUCAGUCGUGGGAAGAAGCUCUUACAUAAAGCUAUUGGCAGUCAGGACAACAUAAGUGGCAGCAAUAUCCUUGUCAGUGCACGAUCCUGGGGCAUUCAGAUUAUGCACACAGAUGAAAUGUUGUCCUACAUAGAAAGGUUAUCCAAGAAGCAGCCUCUGCAAAGAAAGGAGAAAGUACUUGCUUCUGGAUUCCAACUUUCAAAAAUGAGGCUGAAACCACCAUUUGUGAAAAUUGAAGACCAUAGCAGGCAACUCCGACCAUUUUUUAAACUGUUCAAGAAUUUUCCUCAGUUAUAUUUCCUAGGAUCGAGAAGGUGUAGCCCAUUUGAACCCAGCUCAAAAGAACCCAAAACCAGAGAGUCACCCAAUGAACCACAAACUCUCUCUGUCUGCUCUGUCAUGCCCAAAACACAGAAGGGCUACUGUGAGUGUUGUGAAGAAGCCUUCACAGAGUUACAGAUGCAUCUUCAAAGCUCGCAACAUCAAGAAUUUGUGCUGGAUCCGUCCCAUUAUGCUUUAUUAGACAGCAUCAUCUCCCAAUUCAGCAAUGACUUUGUGGCCUCCUGCACUCCACUGCUGAGCAUAUGCAAUGGUGUUUCUUCUGAAUUUGAAAUGGAGGCUGCUGGACAUGCCAAAGUACCAUUUUCAGGUCAGGUAAUGGAAAGUCACAUGCUUUUUGAGGGCUCAGCAGGUCAUCUUGCUAGCUUGGAGGAUCCACCAUGCUUCCUUAAGGACCAAGAUCUCCUUCAUCUGACAGUGAAGCCCAUGGAGAUACCCACUGCAUCUGUACCAGUUGCCUUGCAAUCUUUAUGGUCUGCCUCUGAGACCCAUGAAAAAGGCAGAGAGGUUGCAGACAGUUUCUCGAAGACUGUAGCUCCUGUUAAACUCAAAUUUGGUGUUGCUCCUCAGGAAGGGAAGCUCCCAACACGAUCUGGUAUGCUCCCUUGCAAACGCAAGCACCCGUAUGGGCAAUAUGGACAGGUAAAAAAGAAGCGAACAUUGACAUCAAAUAAAAGGCUGUCUGAUAAGAAAUUGCUCUCUGCAAGCCAACAAGUUGGAACAACAGGACACUCAUUUCCUCAUCAACUCGAUUUGCCUGCAGUUCCAUCAUACACCCCUGGCUCUUAUUGUGUUCCCCCACAAAUACUUCAGAAAGUCCUCCACUGUCAGUCUUGCAAGCCUGUUGCUAUAGACACAAGCUAUCUCAAAAAUCCAGUGCAACAGCUAGACCAGAAGGAGGUGUCUGCAACCUCUCCCUGUAAAGAAUGGGACAUGCACAGUUCUUGCAACUUUUCCAACACUGAUAGUACAUCGAGCAGCUUAUCUGGAUUCCAUGAGGACAAGCAAGUAGCCCCCAAAUUGGUGGGCUCUGUAUUUGAGCGCUGUUCACCUUGCAUGGAUGUAUCUGAGCUAGCACAGAAUAUGUUGCCACAGCAACCAGGCCCAGGGCCCAGCCCCUGCCUACCUCUCCUUUCCUACCCACUGACUAGUAUUUCUGCAGAAGCAAAGAGCUCUUCCUCCAUGUCUGAAUGGGAUGGGCCGCUUCUUUGUGUGCUUGCAGGUGCCUCCCACCUCUCUUCUGAGAACCCGAUUGAUGCUGCACUGCUGGGGACCUGUGUCAGCUUGCAAGAUAGUAACUAUGAAUCCCAUCUUUGUUCUGUCCUCUGGCCAACAUCUGAGCAGGAACAGCUCAAAUGAGCAGAGCAACCAGCUGGAGAUAGAAAGGGCUCCCUUUGCUCAAGUUGGGAGUUGCCUGAAAAAUGGCCCAAGUUAGACUUUUCUUGUCAUCUUCUGGCUGCCUGUUUUCCUGCACAUAUGUAAAGUUUCCAUGUAAGAUCCUGAGUUUCUCUACCUCCGUUGCAAGAAGAAGCCAUUUGCCAUCCUGUGUGGGCUCAU